CUUGAUAUUACAAGUAUCAACCAUUCUAUGUAGCAUAACCCCGUAGAGAGCAUGACGUCAUGUAUGGCGAUUAUGAUGAUGAUGAUAAUGAUUAAAGUAAUAACGACAUAACAUACGAUCACCCGCUUACUUUCUCGUCACUGAUGUCAUCUAUUACUAACUAUACAUAUCUGAAUGAAUCAAAAGAUCUACACUUUAUUUUACAUUUUUUGUAGCAUAUCUUGAAGUUUUCUUUGAAUACCAUGUUUCAUAGUUCCAGCCUAUACAAUUACAUUGAUGGCGUCAUGAUAACAUCGUAUUUCCCAGUAAUGACCUCAAAUUUCUUACAAUGUUCCUAUUUUGCGUCAAAUUUGUUCUCUAAAGUCUGUUGUCAUCAAAUUAAAAAAAGAUUCAGUUUUGAAAAAUAUCUCUCAUCUGUUCAAACAAAAUGUUGAGAAAUAACCUAGCGAAACUAAAAAUUAGUGCUCACACCUUACAAAUUGAAAAAAGCCGACAUUACAAGACAUCAACCAAUGAGAGACUUUUUCCCACAUGCCAAAAUGGUAUUGAGAGUGAGUUCCGCUUCAUAAUGGUGGAUUGUCCGACCUACGAAGAAGACCGCCUAAAGAUAUUACGAUCUAUUCUAUGUAAGUCCGAUACAGUAUUACCACAUAACAGAACAGAGAUAUUCAAUAUGUUAUUAUCAUGUCCUGUUCAUGUAUCUACCUAGUACGUAGAGAAAUUCAUUUACAAAUCCUUGGCAAAAACCAGACAAUGCUAUAUUGACAUAUUGUUUGAAAGUAUUAGCUUGUAUAAUAUUAACUAGAUUGUUUACAUUAGAUUAUAUUAGUUGUUAGAUACUUCCAAUAGUAUAUAGUUCAACUCCCAUGUAUAUACAGAUUGCCGUUCAUUGUACCAGUCACUUUUAUGGCGCAUUAUCAAUUAAAGUACUUUUAUGAUGAGUGAAAAAUAUCUACCAACGGACGCCUCCCUCACUUAGAAAGAAAUUUGGACUUUUGCCUUUUUACUGACGUAACAAGGUAAAAGUCCAUAAAACGAGUAUGUGUUGGCACUUCACUGCGUGCAAAUAUAACCGUUUGACGAUGGCGUCUAACGCUUUCAGCGAAAUAACCGAGGAAUUUCUCGUCUGCCUGAUCUGUUUGGAGGACUACAAACAGCCUAAGGUGCUGCCGUGUCUUCACACCUUCUGCCAGCCGUGUUUGGAGACGCUCCUGGCCACAGAGCCGGUGGGGAAACUCUCCUGUCCGUCGUGCCGACAGGACGUGCCCCUCCCAGAAAAUGGCGUCCAGGGGCUGAAGUCCAACUUUCUUGUUGGUAAACUGCACGACAUUCUGCGACAACAACCAAAAGGGAACGAGAAAUCAUCGGAGGGAGUCCCCUGUACGGCCUGUGAGAGAGGUAAUCCUGCCGAGUUCUACUGUGUGGAGUGUACCGACUACCUGUGUCACCUAUGCAACGACACGCACCAUGGACUCAAAAUGAGUAAGUCCCACAAAGUUAUAACAAUUCAAGACCUACAAUCAGGCCGGCUGGCCAACGAGCUUCGGGCAAGGGAAACCUCCAAGUGUGAGUAUCACAAUGAACCGGACAAGUUCUGCUGUGACACCUGUCACCGGGUCAUCUGUCUGCACUGUGUGGUAACGGCGCACAAAGAUCACCAGUAUGUGGAGAUAGAGAAGGCGGCAGAGAGGGAGGGGGUAAAGAUCAAGGCAAAACUGGCCACAGUCAAGAACACAGCAGACCUGCAUGAGAAGUGGAUAGAAGAGUUACAGUCAGUAAAGAAUGAUUGGCCUUUACAGGUACAGCGUACAGAAGAACAGAUAGGAAAACAGGCAGAGGCUAUCAUAGAGGCCGUUCAGAAGGUGAAAAGUGAGAAAAUCAGUCAGCUUCGCGCCAUGAACGCUGCUCGGGAGAAACAGAUGGAAGCCGCCAUGGAGGCAGCUGAGAUGGACCUGGCCUCAGCCAAGAGCUGUGUCCAGUUCACGGACAAUGUGUUGGAGUACGGGAGUCCAGCGGAGGUCAUGUCGGUGGCCGGAGAACUGACCUCACGGAUGGAGGAAACCGCGGACGACAAAAUCGCAAAGAGGGCGGAACUGACCAAGGGUUUUACCAACAUGACCUUUGACCCACCGUCUUGUGAGCUGGAACGGGACGUGGUAAAAUUGAUAGGUGGGAUAAAAGAAAUAAAAGUGCCAUUUACAAGCACACUGUCACCAGUUAAGGUAAACGUGGAAAUAGGUACCCGACGCAGAAGUCCUACACUGCUAAAAACUGUUGGUCAGAUAGGCUGUGGAGAUGGGCAGUUUAACUGUCCUACAUCACUUUCUGUCACCACAAAUGGAGACAUUGUAGUGGCUGAUCGUCUCAACAGACGUCUGCAGUUUCUUGACAAAGAAACUUCAAGAACUUCAAACUUCAAGAAGAAAGUUGAAUUGGGGUUCAACCCAUUGUGUGUGGUGGCACUGACAAACAAUGAGCUGUUGGUGACAGGAGACGGACACAGGAUUCACGUACUGGACAAACAGGGGAGGGGGGCACGUGUCAUCCAAGUGACAGGUGCUGCAGAGAAAGAUAAAACUACACAAGGUAUCGUUGUUGACGGUUUAGGGCGUAUCAUCGUCACUAUCGGGUACCAAGCGUUUGUACUCAGCCACAGUGGUGACGUCAUUCUGAAGUUCGGGGACAAAGGUCAAGGUCAGCAGCAAUUGAGUUCCUCCCUCCGUUUAACCGUCAACAGCAGCAACCAAAUCCUCAUCAGUGACUGUUGGAACCACAACCUGAAGAUAUUUGACCCCACCGGUCGUCAUCUCUUCACGUGCGGCACGCGUGGCUCGGAACCUGGUCAGUUGAGCAUACCCUACUGUGUCAUCACGGACAGCGAGGACAACAUCAUCGUGGCUGACUGUCACAACCACCGUGUUUCCGUGUUCAGUCGGGACGGCACGUUUAUCAGGCACGUGCUGACACGGGAGGAACAUGGACUAAACUAUCCGAAGGGACUAACGCUGACUCACGACGGGCAUUUGGUAGUUUGUGAUAACCAUUAUCUCAGGAUAUUCAAGUUGUAAAGGGAAACGCUAUAGCCAGUACUUCCAACCACUGUACUAUAUGUACAAGAAAUACAAAAUAGGUUUUUUAGAAUCCAUGCACUUAUUAAAAAAUUGAUUUGCGUCAAUUUUUACAUUGAUCCGCCUAAUAUGACCCUGACCCUGUUUGAACUUCGCGCUCUCCUCCUCUCCCCGCCGCGCUAGGCGAUGACGUAAUGGCCUCGUUCUGAGAUUGCCUGACGUCAUCGCGCGGAUUGUCCAACUAGGGGUGGGUACCGGUACAGAAAAUACAGGUCCAGGUACGGUUCAGGUCCAGAG